AUGAGGGUACCUAUAAGGCACACUGGCAUACCGAUGCACCCACGGCCUUCUUUCACAGAACCCAACCACACCACUCAGGGUCGCGAGAUCAACACCUACAACACCAAUUGCGAAGUCACGAUGAAUCCCCAAAGCAAACCCAAGCGAGGCACAAAGAAGUACCGUGUUGUUCAACGUCCAGACGGUGUCAUCGUCGAGUUUCCACGAUAUCGACCUGCAGCCUCACAUCAAACACCAGAGUUCCAAUCGAAACCGCACAGGGCGAUCUUAGUUUGCCCUAACUUGUUCAUAAGAGAGAUGGAAGGGUCGAAGCCUGGCAGGACAAUGUAUCAAUUAGUCGGUGAUAAGAUGUUUGAGAGCAAUAUUGGAGGUGAUAGUGGUGCCAUAGAACGGGGAAGAGGAGGAUACCAUGAUCUGGCAACACAACAACACAUACAAAGGGACACUGAGACACAUACAUCCAAACGACAAGAUGACCUUAGUUUGGCUGCAAUUGAUCGUUUUCUCCGCGAACCGGCACCCUGGAGUCCAUAUUCUACACGAGAGGAACAAAUAUGGCUUGAGUAG